AUGGACCCCCUGGGCCUGGGGGACCUGUCUUCGGGCUCACUGAGCUCCCUCUCCUCCCGUGGCCACCUGGGCAGCGACACUGGCUCCGCAACGCGAUACCUGCUGAGGAGGCAACAGCGGCUGUUGUAUGGGCCCCCCCGGGGAAUCCGAGCCUCCUCACCCAUGGGCAGAGUCAUCCUCAUCAAUUCCCCCAUAGAAGCCAACAGUGAUGAGAGUGACAUCAUCAAUGCAGUCACUGUGGAAAAGAGCCCAGCAGGAAAGUUGGGCUUCAGUGUCCGUGGGGGCUCAGAGCAUGGUCUGGGCAUCUUUGUCAGCAAAGUGGAGGAAGGGAGCAGUGCAGAGAGAGCUGGGCUCCGAGUUGGAGACAAAAUCACGGAGGUGAAUGGGUUUAGCCUGGAGAGUACCACUAUGAGCAGCGCUGUGAAGGUGCUGACGGGGAGCAGCCGCUUGAGUAUGAUGGUGAGGCGAAUGGGCCGUGUGCCCGGGAUCAAGUUCUCUAAGGAGAAAACCACGUGGGUGGAUGUGGUCAAUCGAAGGCUAGUGGUGGAGAAAUGCAGUUCAACACCCUCAGACUGCAGCUCGGACGAUGGAGUUAGGCGUAUAGUGCACCUGUACACGACCUCUGAUGAUUUCUGCCUUGGCUUCAACAUCCGAGGGGGCAGAGAGUUUGGUCUGGGAAUCUAUGUCUCCAAAGUGGACCAUGGUGGACUGGCUGAAGAGAAUGGCAUCAAAGUGGGAGACCAGGUCCUGGCAGCCAACGGAGUGAAGUUUGACCACAUCAGUCACAGCCAGGCUGUAGAGGUGCUGAAGGGCCAGACUCACAUCAUGCUGACCAUAAAGGAGACAGGAAGGUAUCCAGCCUACAAGGAGAUGGUAUCCGAGUAUUGCUGGCUGGACCAACUGAACAAUGGGCCCCUGCAGCAGCUGUCACAGACGUCGGAGAGUAGCUCAACUGUGUCCUCCUACUCCUCCAGCAUCCCCUACAGUUCUGGCUCUGGCUCCAGCUGCCUCCCCUUUGACAUGGUGGAUGUUGGCCUAUCCACAGAGGAGCUAGUUGGGUCAGGGUCCAGGGGCUGGGGACGGGCAGACACAGCCAUACAGACUGAGCCAGAGAUCAGCGGGGUAGUGGAGACAUGGUGCAGUGUCCGGCCUACGGUUAUCCUCAGAGACACAGCCAUCCGAUCAGAUGGGCCCCUCCUUGCCCGAAGAUCCGGUUCUCGCCUUGACACCGCACUGUCCGAGUCUCCCAAAACAGCCUUACUCCUGGCUCUCAGCAGGCCUCGGCCACCCAUCACUCGCUCCCAGAGCUACCUGACCUUAUGGGAGGAGAAAAAACAGCGACGGAAGGAGAAGUCAGGGUCGCCCCCAGAGAAGGGUGCCCUGCAGCGCUCCAAGACCCUGAUGAACCUCUUCUUCAAGGGGGGGAAGAGUGGGCGGCCAGCAGGAGAUGGCAAGAACGAGGCCUCGGUGCUAGAGCAUGAGAGUACCUGCAGGGUCCGUUCACAUCUGGAAGGAGAGAAAGGGGGAUCAGGACCCGUGCAGAAGUUUGUUACCUGGAAACUGAGAAGGGACAGAGAGAGAGCCCAAACCAUGCUUUUCCCUGGAUCAGAGGGACACUCCAGCAAACUGUCCAAUGGAGAGGACCGAAUCCAGGCGUGGGAGAGCCGUCUCCCCCUCAUACAGGAUCUGGCCCGGCGCCUUCUGACCGAUGAUGAGGUCCUGGCUGUCACUCGUCACUGCACUCGGUAUGUCCAUGAGGGCGGGGUAGAGGACCUGGUGCGGCCACUGCUGGCCAUCCUGGACCGGCCAGAGAAAUUGCUGCUGCUUCGGGACAUCAGGAGUGCAGUGACCCCUGGAGACCUCAGCAAAUUUGACAGCCUAGUGACGCCCGCGGAGCUUGAAGCAUACGAAGCACUCAAAAGCCGAGCAGUGAGGCCCCCAGCUCUUCGACCCACUCGGCAGGACACACCACCCAAGCGCCACCUCAUCACACCUGUGCCUGACAGCCGGGGAGGUUUCUACUUGCUCCCUGUGAAUGGCUUCGCCGAGGAGGAAGAUGAAGAGGAGGCGGCGGUGGGUGCGCUGGGCGAGCGGUUGGCUGGGCUGCAGGUCUCGCCUCCGGCGGACGUCCAGAGUCCCCCGGCUCCUGCCGCUGCCCCUCGCCGCUCGCACAAGCCCUUCCCCCCGCUGCGGGAUGUUCCCGUGGAUGCCUUCUCCUGCCCCGGCCGCCGCCGCAGCGCGUCUCCCCCGCCGCCGCCGCCCCGGCCGCCCCCCGUGGCCCCUCGACCCCCUCGGCCCAACUGGCUGCUGAGCGAGCCCCCGAGGCGGGCGCGCGAGGAUGCCCGACGCAGCCGGAGUCGGGGUCGCAGCCGCAGCCGCAGCCGGAGCCGCUGCAAGUCCCCAGGCAGCAGGCGCUCCCCGUCCCCGGCUCUCGGGAACGGGCGCUACACCAAGUCCCGCCGCUCCCGGCUUCCCCUCCCCGCCCCUAGAGCGCAGGUGAUCGCUGGGGACCCUGACCAGCUUGGAGGCACCCAGGAGCAAGAGACGCCUCCGGAUCGCGACGGAGACGGGGAGCUCAGGACCGUCACUCUCUCCAAGCUCAGACAAUCCCUGGGAAUCAGCAUUUCCGGGGGGAUCGAGUCCAAGGUGCAGCCCAUGGUGAAGAUUGAGAAGAUCUUUCCUGGAGGAGCAGCCUUCCUCAGUGGGGCUCUGCAGGCUGGCUUUGAGCUUGUAUCUGUGGAUGGGGAGAGCCUCCAACAGGUGACUCACCAGCGAGCUGUGGACACCAUCCGAAGGGCCUAUCGAAACAAGGCUCGGGAGCCCAUGGAGAUAGUAGUCAGGGUCCCUUGCCCUUGUCCUUUAGCACCUUCCACAAUCUCUUAGCCCCAGGUCACACUUCUUCAGUGACUUCCUGGUUCAGAUUCCCUGAUCCUUCCCCCAAGUAAGUUAACAGAGAGAUCAGGGUCAUUCCUUAGCACU